AUUAAUGUAGAUAAGAUGGCUGGAUUCUAUACGUGUGGUCCCAAUGAGGCUCUCAUCGUCUCUGGUUGCUGUCAUGCUAAACCCAAGAUGGUUGUGGGAGGACGUCUCCUAGUGUUCCCCUGUGUCCAGAAGAUAGGCCGAUUACCACUCAAUGUUAUCACUACUAAGAUCAGGACUAACCAGGUCUUUACUCAACUCGGAGUACCUAUUAACGUUACUGGAACCGCUCAGAUCAAGAUCCACUCAAAGGAGAAGAAGAGUCUGAUGGCUGCUGCUGAACUGUUUAUGAACAGAUCUACCGAACAAAUCAAGCUUAUCUGCGGUGAGACACUCGAGGGACAUCAGCGUGCUAUCAUGGGGACCAUGACUGUGGAGGAUAUUUACAAGAACAGGGCUGCUUUUUCCGAGCAAGUGUUGCAGGUUGCGUCCACUGAUCUGAUGUCGAUGGGUAUCCGAGUUAUUUCGUACACAAUUAACGAGGUGACAGACGAACAAGGGUACCUCAAAGCUCUUGGUAAACCUCGUACAGCUGAGGUCAAACGUGAUGCUGAUAUUGGUAACGCUGAGGCCAAGAGGGACGCUGGUAUUGAGGAAGCAGCAGCUAACGAGAGAGCGAUGCAGGCUGUCUACUCCAACAAGAUCACCACAGCUAAGGCUCAAAGGGACUACCUGCUGAAGAAGGCCACCUACGAUCAAGAGACUUUCACCAAGAAGGCUCAGUCAGACCUGGCUUACGAGCUGCAGUCCGCUAAAACCCAACAGAGGAUUAAGGAGGAACUGAUGGAGAUCAAGGUUAUUGAGAGGAAGAAGCAGAUUUCAAUCCAGGAGCAGGAAAUCACGAGGAAGCAGAGGGAACUGGACGCUCAGGUCAUCAAACCUGCCGAGGCUGAACGAUACAAGAUCGAGAAACUGGCUGAGGCUGAAAAGAACAAGAGAAUUAUUGAGGCUGAAGCUCAAGCAGAGGCUAUUCGUCUUAAGGCUGAAGCUCAAGCGUACGCUAUUGAAGCUAAAGCGAAGGCCGAGGCUGAGCAGAUGGCAAAGAAAGCUGAUGCCUGGAAUGAGUAUAAGGAUGCUGCUAUGGUGGACAUGAUCUUGCAGCAGCUGCCUAAGAUAGCAGCUGAGGUGGCAGCACCGCUCCAGAACGUCAGCAAGGUGACCCUGGUAUCAGGACCUAACGGAGAAGUCGGAGCUGCUAAACUUACAGGAGAAGUUCUGGAGAUCGUACGGAGACUUCCUAAGGUUAUUGAGGAGAUAACUGGCGUCGACAUGAGCAAGGCUAUGAAAAUCUCAAUGUCAAAAUAAGCUAUGAGGAUUUGAGGAAGUGGACAACUCUACCGACACGAAAAUAAACUACUUUAUAAUAUAAGCAAAUUUUAGAAUAGUUUUUUUGAAAUGUAGCCUCUAUUGAAUUGGUUGAAUAUUAGAGGAUGUUGAGAUGAUUUUCUUUUGGGAUUGCAAUUUGAUUCUGUCACAUUCCAGAACUCUGAACGCAACAAAUUUUCAAUAAAUUUAACAAAAAUAUCUUUAGUCGGUGUUAAAUUCCAGCUUGAUUGAAAUGUUUAAUUAUUAAUUUCAGUACAUUAUAGUCUAUUUUAAUACAUCCAUUACACAAGUUACCGGUUAAAUUUACUUUCCAAAUAAAAAGUUAAUUAAUAUCAAGUUGGAAAAAUACUUAAUCAAAAGGAAAAAGCUGUGGUAAUGAACAGAAAUUGUAAAGAAGGACUAAUUUUAAAUGUUUAUUAUAUUAUUCCGACAGAACACACAUUGCAACCUAAUGGUAUGUGUACAACUUGUGAAAUACAUAGAAUUCCUUUGUGACGUGUGUUAUUCUAACUAUGACGAACUUGAGUGCUAGAUUAGACCAUACUGGUGCAAAGAGUGGACUACAAAUUCUUGGUGGUAGAAUGGUCCCUUCCCGUGCUCAAGUUCUUCAGUUCUGUAGUUUAAAAAUGCUUAAAUACUUGCAGUGCCGUUUUUGUUUUAUGAGAGUUUGUAUUAAGUUUUUUUUGUAGUAUCUUUACAGCAAGUGAAUGUACGUAUAGCUGAUUGCUAUGAUGUAUUAUAUUAGCUUGCCGAAUGCAUAGACCUUUUAUGCUGCUUGUAAUGUUCAGUUAUAGCCCUGAAAAUUUUAAGUUCGAUAAUACAAUGUUAUCUCUUGUACAAUUGCUUUAUUGCAUAUUUUCAAUUUACUUUGAACGUAGAUACUAGAUAGUUUCGAUCAAAUUAUUGUUAUUUAGGAACGCUAUGAUAGCAUGCAUCUAUUUUAUCGAUCCCAUCAAAGAAAAUUGAUGGAUUUGUGAUCGAUCAUGUUACAUGUACAUUAUGUGUAUUAUGGAUAUUGAUAGCAAUCUUUAGUCAGUAAUGUCUUGGUCUCACAUAUGGUUAAUGUUUCAAGAUAUUCAGAUUUUACUCAUAGGUCAUAUGUGUAACAUAAAAAUUGUUUUACAAAUAGAAAUGCUGGAUAUUUUGCGAUCAAUAGUCUUAUCUGACUUCCUUCUGUGAUUAAA